GGAUCUGGGAGCGGUGGACGCCGGCGGGCAAAGCGCGUCUGGGCCGAGGUAAGGGGGAUGGAGGAAGAAGCAGGGCCAGGCCUGCGGCCCUACAUUCGGCAGUGAGCAGGGAACGUUCAGCCCGCGUGGAAGGAAAAGCAGCCGCUCUGACGGCUGGCGGAGCGGAAAGGUUGUUUUGUCAUGGCAGCGCCGGGAGCUACAGCCUGUGACGACGUUCCACGGAGAAGCUGGCAGUCAGCUGAGCCCCGCAACGGAGCAAGAGAAAUGGAUUCAGAUGAAAAAGCUACAAAUAGAAAUGAACAAAAAUCAAGGAAAUUUUUGAAAAGCCUUGUACGGAAGCAGCCCUGUGACUUACUGUUAGUCAUUGGAAUGGGAGUGAGUGCCGCUGUAGCACCAGGAAUUCCAGCCCUAUGUUCCUGGCGGAGCUGCAUUGAAGCAGUCAUUGAAGCAGCUGAUCAGCUUGAGGUGCUACAUCCGGGGGAUGUGUCUGAAUUCCGCAAAAAAGUGGUCAAAGACCGAGAUUUGCUUGUAGUUGCACAUGACUUAAUCCGAAAGAUGUCGCCGCGCACAGGAGAUGCCAAACCCAACUUUUUCCAGGACUGUCUAAUGGAAGUCUUUGAUAACUUGGAGCAGCACAUUCAGAAUCCUGUUGUUCUGCAGUCAGUUCUCCAACUAAUGGAGAGAGGCACUAUGGUCCUUACCACGAACUAUGACAACUUACUUGAAAUCUUUGGUCAGCAGCAGAGUAAACCUAUGGAAUCUCUUGACUUGAAAGAUAAGGACAAGGUUCUCCAAUGGGCAAAAGGACACAUCAGAUAUGGAGUUCUUCACAUUCACGGUUUGUACACUGAUCCUUGUGGAAUGGUGUUGGAUCCCUCAGGAUAUAAAGAUGUGACUCAAGACCCUGAGGUGAUGGAGGCUCUGCAGAACCUGUACCAAACAAAAUCUUUUUUGUUUGUGGGCUGUGGAGAGACGCUGCGGGAUCAGAUAUUUCAGGCCCUGUUUCUAAACAUUGUUAAACACAAAGUGGAUCUACAACAUUACAUGCUGGUGCUUAAAGAAAAUGAAGACCAAUUUUUUAAACUUCAAGCAGAUAUGCUUCUACAUGGCAUAAAAGUAGUAUCUUAUGGGGAUUGCUUUGAACGUUUUCCCGAGUAUGUUCAGGAUCUCACUACUCAGAUCUGCAAACAGAGGAGUCCAGAUGCAGAUCGGGUGGACAGUACAACACUUUUGGGAACAUCUUGUGUUGACUGUGCAAAGAGAAAGCUAGGGGAAAGCAACAAUGAGCAACCCAAGAGACCAAGGCUACCAGAUAAUGGUACUGUUGAAGACGUUGCCCCUCUGUGAAUACAAGAAUAUCAUUUGAAAAACAGCCAUCUGCCAUGAGUGUGCCAUCCGCUUAUAUCAUGAACAAGGAUUCCACUAGUGGACAGCAUUGUUGUUUAAAACUUCAUAUGCAUUAUGUAAUAAGAACUGGUUAGAAACAGAUCCUUUAACACUCCUGUAAACUUAUAUUCAGGAUCUCUACAUUUCAAGGGUAUAACCAGUUUGCAACUACCUCAAGGAUAAAAUACUGCAAAAAGGGAUAUAUAGCUGUUGACAUAGCAUUCUGAUCUGUGAAACAGCAUUUUGUUUUACCUUAUUUGAAUCUGACAGGCAGAGCAAUCCAGAUGGUAGAAAGCUGGCGGGGUGUGUGUGUGUCUGUGGAAAGCUCUCUGCAGCAUCCAUUUCCCACUCAGGACCCAUUGGCUUGGCUGAGCUCCAGCUUCAUUAGGACCUGCAUGCACAAGCAGGAAGGAAGAAGCUGGCUCCCACUAAUCGGCCUCUCCAUAGAUGGGCAUUACAAUUUUUUUUUACUGCACCAGCCUUUUGGCAAGCAGUUUCCAGACAGAUUGGGAGCCAGAGAAGGGCUCCAAACAUGAGGAGGAUCUCACGUAAGCCUGCUCCGUGGCUCAGCUCCUGGAAUGCCCUGUUUUCAGGGCCCCUGCUGGCUCUUCGUCCACCGGGCUGGCUGCCCUGGCAGCCCCUCGGCAGUGCUGCAGCUCAGCUGUGGCAGACGGCUGCUGCCAGUGGUGGCUGGUGGCGCUGGGAACUUGCCAGCACAGCCGGGGGCCACAGCAUCCAACUCCCCCCAACCUGGCGGAAAGGUCAGUUGGAUUGUGCCCUAAUCUUGUUUUCAUUCAGCAUGAGUUAUAUAGACUGGGUUGGAUCCAAAGGUGAGUAUUAGGAAACAUCUUCCUCUUACAAGGACUGUUUGCAUUAGAGCACUGCAUGAGACAAGUGGAACUACAUCCAAAGACCACCUGUGCAUAUAAGCAGAAGCAUGAGAACUGCUACAGAUCCUACCGGUCCACAGCACUUUGUGAACUCUUGUGCAUGCAUUUGUGGAACAGCACUAGUGGUUAUUUUCUUCCACUCCUACCCAUUGGAAAUGUAAUAAGAUUUUAUACAUUUUGUAAGUUUUUUAAAAAAAGAAACUUGAAGGCACUUAAUUUUUAUGCAUUUUAAUAAAAACAUUAGAAACCCAGGAGAAAAGAUUGUAACAAUUAGCUUAAAAGCACUAGAGGACCAAAGCUAACAAAACGUCCCAAAAUAAAUACUUUAAAUACAUCUUAGAAGGAAAAAGGUGCUAAGAUACUGUCAAAGAGCCGUGUUAGGUGUAAAGCAUACUUAACAAACAGCAGAUUAGCUAGGAAAACUAUUUCUUGAAUAUACUGUUCGAGCCUGCAAGUCAAAGAUUGCUCCUCUGUAGAGGGAGGGGUCACAGCACAAAGGAAACUACGUAUCCAGGCAAAAGUUCUAAUCUUGUCUAGAAAAUUCUAGUUUUCUGUAUCAAGGGAAUGAUUUUUCAUUAGGCAGCCCUGUACCUUCAAAGUGAUACUGUUAAAGAACAGUUUUACUGCCUUAUCUGCUGGUUAUAUAAAAUAGGUGCAUUAUUUAUAUCCAUUCUUAGAGAUGCAUAUAUUAUCCCUCAGGGGCAAGAGAGACAAAUAGUGGAUUUCAAUAUAAAAUGUGAUAUCACUUUGCCAACUAUGCUUAGAAGUAAUUUUACAACCUACUUUAAUUAGAAACUAGAACUGGAUAAAGUUUAACAACUUUCAAAUAUAAAUUAUGCAAGCUAAACAAAUUUAACAGUCACACUAAGAAAUGAAUU